AUGACAUCCUUCCCCGACCUCCUCGACGUCCUCAUCAUCGGUGCCGGCCCCUGCGGCCUCGCCGUCGCCGCACGCCUCCACGAAGAAACGCCCUCGGCCAUGUUCACGGACGAAGAACACCAGCGCUACCACUGGAUUAGCAAGCAUAGUGGACGGAUGGCGCUGGUGCAGGCGCGGCAUAAGGGGAUUAAAGGUGUUAGGGCCGAGAAGUGGAAUGGUGGACAGUCGGAUAAUAAGAGUUAUAGUACUGGCGGGACAAGAGGGAGGGCGAGAGUGAGUACGUCGUCUAGUGAUGCUUCGUACUCGUCUGCUGGUUCGUCUGCUUCGGAUGAGGAUGAUGAGCCGCCGUCGUUGUCUACGUCUCCCGAGUCGGUGGCUUCGAUAUUGGCUGCUGAGAAGGGAAGGUCGUUUGAAGAAACUGGUGAAACAGAUAAAAGAUUAUCGAUCAAGGUCCUGGAUAGUACUGGGGAUCAAUGGAUGGAGAAGUGGAAUCGGGCGUUCCGGACGUUGGAGAUCCAGCAGCUUCGGAGUCCGAUGUUCUUCCAUGUUGAUCCCGGGGAUCGGGAUGGGAUGCUUGCGUAUACGCAGGAGACGGGAAGGGAGAAGGACCUCUGGGAGAUUUCGGGGUGUGUGGGGAAGGAGUUGAGCAAGCAUCAGAAGAAGAAGAAGCAGCAGAAGUCGAAGCAAACGAUAAGCCAGGUUGAAAUCGAUGAACGAGAUCGGAAAGACUACUUCUCGCCAUCUACCGGCCUCUUCGAAGAUUACUGCUCGUCCAUCGUCUCCCGCUACGGCCUCAACCACCCCGGUACAAUCCUCCACCGCGAAGUCGCAGAUAUCAAAUACGAUGCGCAUCCUGAUUUUCCCACAGAAGAGAAGAUCUUCACUGUGACGACCACCACCGGCGACACAUUCUACGCUCGUGCUGUGGUGAUGGCCAUCGGACCUGGCCGAACCAAGAUCUUCCCCUUCCAGCCCUCUGACGAAGAGAAGCAGGGAUGCUGCCACAGCACGGAGAUUAAAGAGUUUCCUAGCCCCAACGUGAGACAUAAGAUUCAGCAGAAACGACAGACGAAUAUCGUCGUUGUUGGGGGUGGGUUGUCGUCAGCGCAGAUUGUGGAUAUGGCUAUUAGGAAGGGGGUUAGUAAAGUUUGGUUCUUGAUGAGGUCGGAUUUCAAAGUGAAGCACUUUGAUAUUGGACUGAGUUGGAUGGGCAAGUUCAAGAACUAUGAGAAAGCAGCGUUUUGGUCCGCGGAUACGGACGAGGAACGCCUUGACAAAAUCAAAAUCGCCCGCAACGGCGGCAGCAUAACCCCCCGCUACCAAAAAAUCACCAAACACCACGCUUCCCGCAACCGCUGCUCCAUCCACACCCGCACCGCCAUCAUCGACCGCCAAUACGACCCCAUCACCCAAACCUGGUCUCUCACCACAGAUCCCCCCAUCGACCUCCCACCAAUAGACUACAUCUAUCUCGCCACGGGCAUGGGCUUAGACAUCACGGAGCACCCCAUGCUGCAAAACAUGCAUCGCGACUACCCAAUCGAAUGCAAGCAGGGCCUACCAUGCAUCACGGAUGAUCUGAUGUGGCAGCCUAAUCUGCCAUUAUUCAUGACUGGACGAUUGGCGGCUCUGCGAUUGGGACCGGGGGCGCCGAAUUUGGAGGGGGCGAGAUUGGGGGCUGAACGGGUGGCUUGGGGGAUGGAGGAUAUGUUUGGGUUUGGGGGGGAUGAGGCGGAGGGGGAGGGGAAUAUGGAGAGGGAUUGUUUCUGUGGGUUGGGAAAUCGGUAUGCAGGGUUGGAUGUAGAUCUGUAG